GACAGGGUAGCUCUGCUCCUCCGAUUUGGAGAGGAACCACGGAUGGAUCGUCUCCUAGACGCCCGGGGAUGUUGGAGCGACAAAGGAAAAGCGAGGGAGCGUGCCAACUAACCGCACGUGAAACAUAAAAGGCAUUUUGAGCCGGUAGCUGCUACGGUCGGUCGGUUGGCUCGUUGAGUGAAGUAACGUCUCCUCUUGUUUUUUGUAAUCCAGGCUUCCCACCGUCCCUUCUUUGACGUCUCUUCCCCUCCCACCCCCGGGUCCCUGUCUCUGUACCAAAGCGAGAGAGAGAUUCUUCGGUACGAGGCACCAUCACCGCGUACGGGAAUCACAUUGCCUCCUCCCCGCCUUUGGUUUUGUCACUCCGCCGCUGCUGUGACCACGUGUUUCCGAGCGAGGGGGAGAAGAGGGGAAUAGAGAGAGGGGGAGGCGCAUGGAAUGAUGGAGGAAGGGGAAGGCCGAGUUCUGCUGCUGCGACGAUGAGAGGGGCCGCCCUCCCCCUCUCCUCCGGCCGGAGGAUCCCGCUCAGAUUCCGUCACCUCUCCAUCUCGGCUUUUGGAUCCGUCAAGAUCAGGCUGCUCCUCUGCUGCUGCGUCGCCCUCGCGUUCCUCCUCCUAGCCUUCGGCUGCCGCCACUGCCCUUCCCUUCCUCCAUCGUUGCCCCCUCCCGGGAAAGGUUACACCAUAUUGAUUAACACAUGGAAGAGAAAUGACCUGCUGAAGCAAUCCAUUGUUCAUUAUGCUUCUUGUCGUGGAGUUAAUUCUAUUCACAUUGUGUGGAGUGAACCUGAUCCACCUUCAGAUUCGUUACAUGAUUUUUUGAGGCAAGCUACACAGAUGAACUCUAAAGGGGGCAAAUAUAUUGAAGUAAGAUUUGAUUUGAAUCAAGAAGACAGUCUGAACAACAGGUUCAAGGAAAUCAAGGGUUUGAGGACUGAUGCUAUCUUUUCAAUAGAUGAUGAUGUUAUAUUUUCCUGUUCAUCUGUUGAAUUAGCUUUCAGUGUCUGGCAAAGUGCCCCAAUGUCAAUGGUGGGAUUUGUACCUCGUGUGCAUUGGCUGGAUAAGUCGAGAGACAGUGUGGAACACUAUAGGUAUGGAGGCUGGUGGUCAGUUUGGUGGAUGGGUACCUACAGCAUGGUUCUCUCCAAGGCAGCCUUCUUCCACCACAAGUAUCUUGAUCUGUACACAAACCAUAUGCCAGCAGCUAUAAGAGAUUAUGUGACCAAAAACAGGAACUGUGAAGAUAUUGCAAUGUCUUUGCUUGUGGCAAAUGUAACAGGUGCUCCACCCAUGUGGGUAAAAGAGCGGACAGAAACAUGUCCUUGAGGACCAGAUGCAUAAAGGUCGAUAGCCGUUUCCAAAAAGAUUGAGAAAGUUGCAGAUAAGGAACUGUUUACCCAUUUCCUGGUUACCUGUGCAGUUCAAACAUGUCUUCAUCCAGGACUUGGAAUGAAAUCACCCUAUCAAUAAUGUAUUCCAAGCUGGAGAUGGAAGAUAUUUUACUCUGAUUUCAGGAGAGAUGUUUCAGAUUAUGUGGUCAGGUUUAUGGAUCUUCUAACACUGGGACAGAUCAACAAAUCGGCAUAGCUUUAAUGUUUUGAAGCUUUAUAUUAUUAUGGCAUUCUUUGUUGCACUUUGUGUAAACUGGUUCUCACUUGUUACCUUUAUUUGAAAGGGUAUGUUUAGUAUCCUCUACUUUUAAUUACUCCAUGUAGUGUCACUCGUAUCCCAAGUCUUCUGUCCUCUCUGUUUUAUUUGUUUUUCCUCUUCUUUCAUACAGAAAAAAUGUCAUGUUUUUUGUUGCAAAUGUCGUGAAGUUAGUGCAUCGGCAUUAUAUAUGUAUAGAAAUUAUCUUAUAGUUCUCUUUGUGCUGGAAGGCUGACACAAUAUAUACUGUCAUCCAUUGGUUUCAAAAUGCAAUUAAAUUACUAUAUGGA